AUGACUGCGCUGGCAUCGGGCACAGCGUCGUCCACGUCCAGUACUACAUCGACACCAGUCCGUGUGGUGGCACGACGACGAUUACGACGUAAAAGUAGCUCGAGUGACGACAGCGAUGCCGGUGUCGCACGCCAGCUGCUGCGCGAGAGUCGACAAGCGGCGUCCUGGGCGACCAAAACAGGAGCCACGGGGCCGACGGCGUACAGCAAGACGGCAUUGCACAUUCGCCGUCGCCGUCUCUUAACAUGGGACGAGCUGGAGAAGCCCACGCGUCCUACUCUACCUGCUUCUACAGCUGGACCUAUCUGCACAACGAGUCUGAACCAGCCUGACGGGUCGCCAGUCAACAUUCUCUCUCAUGCCUUUGGCACCGUCGCCUGUGUUGGCCUCGCCGUCACCCUCUGGCUCGACACCUGGCCCUGGACCCUGCCGUCCCUUCAGACGCGCGACGUGAUGCCCAACAGCGGCAACUCGACGGCCGACAAGCUCGCUGCCACGGCCUACAUGCUCGGCGUCAUUGUCUGCUUCAGCUUGUCCGCCCUUUUUCACACACUCAUGUGCCACAGCGCCGACUGCGCGGCCCGCGGCAUGGCCAUGGACAUUACGGGCGUCCUUGUCCUCAUGGCCGGCGCCGUCGUCCCGCUCAUCCACUUUGGCCUCGCCUGCGAGCACGCCUACGUGCGCCAAGCCUUUUACGUGGCCACGGCUGUCCUCGGCACGCUCGCCGCGGCCACCACCUGGGAGGAGGGUCCGGGCCCGUGCACCUCUUCUGGCCCCGUUGCCUCCGCUACGGACAAGGGCCUCUACCGUAUGCUGAUUUACCCCAUACGUUCCAUGCUUCAUUGGGCCUCCGUACAGGGCCCGGCCAACGGCCACCGCCGCGCCGCACUGUUUCUGGGCUUUGUCACUAUAUCGUGCGCGGGACCCCUGGUAUGGAUGCGACAGGCCGACCCGGCCGACUGGGCAGCACGCAUCGACCUCUGGCCCGGCGUGAUCGGCACGCUGCUGUGCAAUGCGGUGGGAUUCGUGGCGUACACGACGCAUUUCCCGGAGCGCCGGUGGCCACGGCGGUUUGAUCUCGUGGGCGCAAGCCACCAGCUGAUGCAUCUUGCCGUGCUGGCGGCGGCCGUGACGCACAUAGGAGGCGUGAACCGGGCUCUGGCCUUUCGGCGCGGCGAGGGAGCAGUGUGCCGCAAUGGCUGGGCAAGCUGA